AUGCUAACACGAAGCAAGAGAAACAAUCUGCAAAACAAGAGGAGACUCUACUCUGAAGCCAUUAAAUAUUACUCUUCAUCCGAAGAAUCAGAAGAGGACGAUGAAACAGAAAGUGAACAAGAAGAUAACCAACCAAAUAAUGGUGAAAAUGCUCAAGGAGAUGAUGAAUAUAAUUAUUCUUCACCCGAAGAAGAAUUCGCAUCAGAUAUUUCCAAUGAUGAUGAAACACCAAAUAUCAAACACAACAAAAAGAAGAGAAAACGCAAUUCAUCACCGGAAGAGGAAUCCAGGAAUACUUUUGAAUCACCAAUUAUUAUUGAUGAUCAAUCCUCUCCUAUUGAUUUAUUAACACCUCCCACCACAACAACAAAUUCAAAAUCAAAUUCUUCACAUCAUUUAGGUGAUGAAACAAUAAUUCUCUCCGAUUCAUCUGAAGUUUCAGUCAUUAUUGAUAUAUCAGAUUUUUCUAACAACAAUAGUUCGUGCUCAUUGAAUCAAUGUGCAGAUGAUCAUCAACAUGGUAAUUCACCAUCACCACCACUGAAUUAUCCUCCUUCACCACCACAUUUUCAAGAGAUGAUGGCGCAACCAACUUUAAACGAAAAGUUUGCAUCAUCACCAUCAGCAACAUGUUUGGAAAAUAAAGCAGCUGAAGGUAGUGAAGAUCAUGAACCCCCAUUGUUGGAGCCAAUUGAAGAGUUUCAAGUGAAUACUGAACCAGAAAGUCAAUUAGAAGAUGAUAACAUUUCUUUGGACUUUAAUAUCCUCAAAUUGGCAGGUCAAAAGUCUUGUCACUAG